AUGUGCGCGGAACAGCCAUACUAUUGCAAGCAAUCGCAUGACAUUCCAUCGAAGAUGGAAUAUUGUGGAGAAAGACAUGGGUGCUUCAACACAAACACCAUAGCCGUACGGGAUCCUGUAUGCUUAUCUCGGCUUGAAUGUCCCGAAUGCCCCUCGCAAUUCGGAUCGCUCAGUGGGCCAGCAGAUAAACGAAGAAAUGCCAAGAAACAAUACAUUCGAGCAGCCCAAAAGGUUAUUGAGCAGUACGACUGGCCAUCUGAAGAAGACGCGGAUGCCUUUGCCGUAGAGUGGUUGAGACAGGCCUUGAAAAAUUUUGAUUCCAGAUUGGCUAAACAUCCAGGAGAAAAGGUGCCAGCUAUGAGACAGACGGACCGUGACCAGAUAUUCGAAAAUGCCAAGAGACAGUUUGCGAAUGAAAGUCUUCCCGAAGUACUGCGGUACACUAGAGCGCCCCCUGCCGGUCAAGGUGCGAAUGUCGGAAGACGUGUCGGAGCAGUUGUGAACCCUAGGCAUCUCCCGUUUUUAGAGUACUAUGAGGCAGGUUAUGAUGACCCAGGCGGUUCCGGUAUCGAGGGCAUGUCCAGUUCUUCCAGUUCGAAGAGUCCAUCCUCAGCAGAUCGUAGUAAGGGUAAAGGAAAAGGAAAAGGCAAAGCCGCUCAGACCAACAGAUCUCCUACACCAGCGUCAGAAGAAGAUCUGGAGUACCACGAAGGCGAUCAUUUGACUAGAGAGGCGGAACGUACCGAACGUGGACAGAAAGUAGCUCAGCGACGGGCCCAGGCGGAAGCAGUGGAGGAGCGCAGGAAAGCUGAACAGGGACGAGUUCAACUUCAACAACCACUACAGCUAACCCAACAAACCCGGCACAUUCAAGGGGAUGGAGUGCGUCAAAACUAUGUCUUCCCCGAGCGAUACGUAUCCCCCGAAUCGGAUUUGCAGGUAUCGCCUCCAGUCACCAAAGCAGCCCCGCUCAUUACUCCAAAGCCUCCUGCUACCAGAGGCACAACGGUGGCUGCGGGAAAACAACGGGCAGUAGAAACACAUACAACCCAACCACGAAAGUCGAUGACCCCAGCUCCAUCCAGAGCCACAUCAAGCGUGACCGCCGGUGUUAUUGCAAGUCGUACUAUGGGUACUUCGCAUGCAAGCCAGCCACGACCACCCACGAAUGUCACCUCAAUGCCAACUAGACCUGCAGCGGGUACGGCUACAGCUGGUGCCGCAAAACGUACUACCGCAGGCCGUUCAACCAUAGGCAAAACUACAGGUACUCCGGCAAAACGUGGUACCGGAAGUACAUCCUCAAGUUCCAAGGCGAAGAACGAUAAGCAGGACCCGAAGAAGGAUGCUACUAAGAAACCUGGUUUAAGCAGGAAGCCGGGUGCGUAA